UAACCUAUUGUAGCAUCCUUUUCGUACACGAUUUUCCUAGAAGCUAUGCAAUCUCAAUAACUGACUUAUUUAAGGCGUAAUUUAACACAACAAUUAUUAUGAAAAAUAAGUGUUUUUAAGUCGGCAAAUAUAUAACCUUUAAAACUGUAUGUAUUGAACAAAUUGUAAAUAAUCAUUUCUUUUAAAUAUGGCCAAGCAUCAUCCAGAUUUAAUUUUUUGUCGCAAACAACCGGGUGUCGCUAUUGGUCGUCUCUGUGAGAAAUGUGAUGGCAAAUGUGUUAUUUGUGAUUCUUAUGUUAGACCUUGUACUCUUGUUAGAAUAUGCGAUGAAUGUAACUAUGGAUCAUACCAAGGACGUUGUGUGAUAUGUGGAGGACCUGGUGUAUCAGAUGCAUACUAUUGUAAGGAGUGUACCAUUCAAGAAAAAGAUAGAGAUGGUUGUCCUAAAAUAGUAAACUUAGGUAGUUCCAAAACAGAUCUCUUCUAUGAGAGAAAAAAAUAUGGAUUUAAAAGAAGAUAAUUUUGUUUUAUUAGUUGUCAGCAAUCAUUAAGAAAUAAAUUCUUUUUAACAUAUUGUAAUAUAAUGAUUUUCAUAAUAAUUUUUAUUAAAUCAUAGGAUAUGAUAUUUUGAUUACUCGUAAAUGAUUUCAUAUUAGAUAAGAUAAAAUUAAAAGUGUAUUAUGUACUAUUUAAUAUAUAUACAAGAUAAUUUCUAUAAAUAAA